CCGCCGCGAGGCUCACUCUCUCCCUCUGCGAGUCGGAGAGCGCCGGAGCGGAGCGGCGGCCCGGGCGCAGGGGGGCGGCCCCCACCGCGGCCGGGUGCCCGGCCCCUGGCCCCUGCUUGCCCUCCAGACUGCCGCCGCCGCCGCCGCUGCCGGGAGUCUGCCUGCUGCGGGACUCACUAGUCCUCCCUCCAUGGAGUUCGGCCUGCUUAGCGAGGCGGAGGCCCGGAGCCCCGCCCUCUCGCUGUCAGAUGCGGGCACUCCCCACCCGCCACUCCCAGAGCACGGCUGCAAGGGCCCAGAGCACAGUGAUUCGGAGAAGGCCUCGGCUUCGCUGCCCGGCGGCUCCCCGGAAGACGGCUCGCUGAAGAAGAAGCAGCGGCGGCAGCGCACCCACUUCACCAGCCAGCAGCUGCAGGAGCUGGAGGCGACCUUCCAGAGGAACCGCUACCCCGACAUGAGUACGCGCGAAGAGAUCGCGGUGUGGACCAACCUCACCGAGGCCCGCGUGCGGGUGUGGUUCAAGAACCGGCGCGCCAAGUGGCGGAAGCGCGAGCGCAGCCAGCAAGCCGAGCUGUGCAAGGGCGGCUUCGCCGCGCCACUAGGGGGGCUGGUGCCGCCCUACGAGGAGGUGUACCCCGGCUACUCGUACGGCAAUUGGCCACCCAAGGCGCUCGGCCCGCCACUCGCCGCCAAGACCUUCCCGUUCGCCUUCAACUCAGUCAACGUGGGGCCUCUGGCUUCGCAGCCCGUCUUCUCGCCACCCAGCUCCAUCGCCGCCUCCAUGGUGCCCUCGGCCGCAGCCGCCCCGGGCACCGUGCCAGGGCCCGGGGCCCUGCAGGGCCUGGGCGGGGGGCCCCCCGGGCUGGCUCCGGCCGCAGUGUCCUCCGGGGCAGUGUCCUGCCCUUACGCCUCGGCCGCUGCAGCCGCAGCUGCAGCCGCCUCCUCCCCCUACGUAUAUCGGGACCCGUGUAACUCGAGUCUGGCCAGCCUGAGGCUCAAGGCCAAACAGCACGCCUCUUUCAGCUAUCCCGCCGUGCCCGGGCCGCCCCCGGCCGCCAACCUCAGUCCGUGUCAGUACGCCGUGGAACGGCCCGUAUGAACGGCCCGGUCCGUCGACCAUCCCCGAGGGCGGGGGCGAGAAUUCACAGCCUCCCCGGACUGGGGUCGUCUUGACUGGCUUGCCCCUAUCCCGGGGUCUGAGAGGGGUGCUGGGACAGCUCGGGGAGGGCGGAGGGGUGGGCGGCCAGCUCAGGAGAGAGCCUCCCCGCUGCCGGCCCUGAGGGAUGGACUGGGCCCUACACACCCUACACACAGUCCACGCCCCUGGGACUAAGGCCAGGAACAGGGACCAGUUCCCCGGGGGCCAAGUGACCCUUGGCCCACCCCGCCUUCUCCAGACUCCCCUCCCCCAUUUUCAAAGAUAAAUGAAAUAAACGUGCGCGGACUG